UAAAAACCUUUCUCCUGUGGGAUCCUGAGAAACGAGGGAUCUCACUUGAUGUAUAAAAUGCCCCAAUAGUUAUUUUCUCAAGCAUUAUACUUCAUUCUCUUGUUCAAUAUUCUUAUACCAAUAUGCAAACAAUUUUCUUGCUUCUAGUGAGCGUUGUGGGCCUUGGAAAAUCUCAAGAUCCACAUUAUCAAGAAUCACCGAGAAAUGCAGCAAUUUUAAGUGACACUCGUUAUCUAUCAGGAGAUGGUACAUUUGGAGCUUCAUAUAAACAAGAAGAUGGUGUUGAAUUCAAAGAAGAAAGUGACGAAUUUGGCAAUCGUCGAGGAUCAUAUUCAUACAUUGAUCCCAAUGGAGAAAGAAGAACCGUCACUUACACUGCUGGAAAAAAUGGUUUUCAAGCAUCAGGUGAUCAUAUACCAACGGCACCACCUCAAAUUCCACCUGAACCAGUACAACCCGAAUAUGUACCACUUCCUCAAUAUAAUCCCCCCGAUUAUCAAUUUCCAAAAGAGAGAUUUUAUGAUUCUCGUUUUCAAUCAAAAAAACAUUUUGCACCAUUAGUGGAGGCACCAAAAAAAUUAGAACCAAAAAUUACUUUUCAAUAUGAAUAUCAUAACAAUGAACCAAGUUCAUCAUUGAAAUAUCAUAAUAAUGAACCAAUUUCAUCAUUGAAAUAUCAUAAUAAUGAUGCAAGUUCAUCAUUGCGAUAUCAAUCGGAUUAUGAAUCGCAAUAUCAAUUGCAAAAUUAUCAACCAAGAAAAUAUCAACCACCACAACCAUAUCAAUCAGAAGGUUCAUUUCAAUAUCAAACCCCACAAUAUAUUCCAUCAGAUUAUCAAAAAUCAUAUAAUUCCAUUCCUUAUAGAACGCCAGCUCCUGUUUCGGAAUAUCGUGCCAUUUCUAAGCCACAAUCACAUUAUAAUAAUCAAUUAACAACACCGGCACCAAAAAGAUUUUAUCCACCUGGAAAAUUAGAUUUCAAUCGAACACCCGAUGGAUUUUCCUAUAGUUUUAGCAAAACGUAAAAAAAAAUUCAAUGUAGAAAAAAAAAACGAAUUGAAAAGAGAAAUUUCUUUUUAAUUCCUUUAAUUCUUAUUUUUAUAUUCAGAGUUCAUAUAGUGCCAUGAAAAAUUUUCUAUUGGUAUUAACAAAAUACAAAAACAGAAAAAAACUUUUAUUUAUCUUCAAAAAAAAAAAUAUUAAUAUAUUAAUCCGCGAGAGCGUUGGUAAUAAAAUUUAUUUCCCACAUUUAAUACGAAUUUCUCAUGGCAUUUUGAAUAUUCUUUUCAUUUUUUUUUUUUUUUAUUUUUUUACAAUUACCACAUAUAUCUCGGUACAUUCUUGAAUGAAUCGAUGUUGAAAUUAAAAUAAUGUAAUAUAAAUUCUAAAUAAUUACGAUUUUGUUGAUGUGUCUAAUUUUUCAAUAUUUGUUAAUAAAUUUAUUCCAAUUGCGCAGUAAAAGAAAAAUAGUUUAUGUAUAACAAUAAUCUUCUCAUUGUGUGAUGGUUCCCAAGUUUAGUCGUGAAAUGUGAUUUCUGUUUAGGUAUACUUAAAUCGAUUUACUUUCAUCUGGUAACCUUUUGAAUUCCUUUAAUGGCGCAAUGAAUUUUUUUUUUCGAAAUUAUGGUACAACUUCAGGUUAACAAAGGUGAGAAAGUAAACGUCGCUGUAAGGAAAAUCAAUUUAUUAUAAUAUAAAAAAAAUUUCAAAUUUCUUCCUUUUGAAAACUAUUAUUUAAUUAUUCAAAAAUUAUUUAUUAUUUUAAUUCGAAUUUGCCCUUUUUGUUUAAUAAAUAUAAAAAGAAAAAAGUUGAUAAAAUGUUUAUAUUAAAAUAAAAAAAAAAAAAUACAGUAAAUAAAUUUGCGAAUAAAUAAACAAUACAGAUAAGAGAUCAGAGAACCGCCUAUGACCAUUUUUGUGGAAAAAAAGGCGUGACUCGGUUUCUCACAAGGCAAACCACCUUUUGAGGAUCAGGAACUCUGUACAACCUUACAUGAGGAGAAAUUUCUUCUUAAAAAAAUUUUUUUCUCUUCUUUUUUUUAUUUUUAUCUUCGAUAUCUCAUAAACAUUCUCUCAUGCAUUAUUCAUCACAGGAUGCAACGACACCUCGUUAUAUGUAAAUUCCUCAACGACUUCUUUAUCAAUCUCAAAACAAGAAAAAAAAAAUUGUAGAAAAAAUUUUUCAUAUAAAAAUAAAGCAAUUAUUAUCGAUGAAA